CAGUGUGCUGUUUCAGGAGCUUCGCAAAAAUAAUGGCGAACAAACCACCACCACCACCGAAAAAACUGCCUAUCCCUCCUUUGCCAACAACAGCUUACACCACAAAGACAAGUAAACAGAAGAAGACAAAUGAAGAAAAGCAAGCUAAAAAGAAAGAAUUAGACCGAGCCCGAGAUAAAACAAGGAUAAACAUCGGGGCGGCUUUUGAGAGGUGGAAGGCGUUACGGGAUCUCAAAGGAUUCAAAAUCGAUGCGGAGUUAGCCACAUUUCUGCUCGACAGUUUUACAAAAGGAGGACCAGACAAAUCCCUCACAGAAUCAAGAACUGAAUGGACCUUAUCAGAUGAGUUGGUUGAUGAAAAAACAAAUAGUGGAAAUUCUGAAUCUCAGGUUUGGGGUGCAAACCAGAUGCCACGGGGUAAGGUGACUGCACCAACCUUCUUUCAGUUAAAUGAACACAAUGCACCGAUGGAGAUAGAGUUGGAGUUAACAAGAAGCAUGACGAAUAAUCCAUUGUCAGAUCCACAGAGAGAAAUCAAAAGGGAAAGAAAAGAUGUGCAAAUGAGGCCAUUCACUCCAGAUGAAGAAGGAAACUGCAAUCUAUCAGAGAGCAGUUAUGCAAUCUUGAGCAAGGAGAUUUUGGUGUUGCUGAUGUUCCGCUGUUUGGAAUGCUCCAGUGAGUGCCGUGUGCGGGGUAAAGGCAAAGGCGGGAGUCUCUCACUCAGACAAGAGUGUCUAAUCUGCUGUAACUACAGAAUCUGGACCUCUCGACCAGCUGACAUGCCAAAAGAGAAGGUGACGGAUAUGUCUUUGAUCCUAUUGUGUGAUGACAUUUGUCCUCAGACAUCUGACAGCUUACCUCUGAUUGUUGAUCAGGAAGCCACAAAUGUUAAGUGUGAUGAUAGCCUGCUGAAGGCAAGUCCCCCAAUGCAAACACAUCUGGACAAAGCCUUAGACAGCACUGUUCAGGACGAUGCUGACAAUGACAUCUCAAGUUUUGUAGUAAAAGAAGAAAAAGAAAAUGAGAGGGAGGAAGAGGAGGAGAGCCUCCUGAUGGAGACACUUGAGGACACUGUUUACAUUUCUUCUGUGCAAGGAGACACUAACGGUGAAAACGACUGUGGUUUUAACAUCUCUAAACCAUUUGGCCCUGAGAGUCCUGCCUUGUUGACUGACCACAAAGAAGUGGUUAUUGAUGAGAACAAUGGGGUAAAGUUAGUUGAGAAAGCCAGUGAUCAGACCUCUAUAAAAAAGCAAGAAGACGGUUCAGAAGAGAGUCUGCUGAGCUCCUCAUAUGAGCCCACAGUCAGCUCCGAUGAAGAAUUUUCUGGGGCAGAGUCUGCCAAGAAGCCUCAAAAACCAUUCCAGAACACUAUUAAGCCAAUUAUUUGGUGUAUAGACUGUGAAGCUGUGGCUAAAAUGUCCUGUACAAUUCGACGCCACCAGAAGAUCUAUGGCUGUGUGGAGUGUGUAGCUGGCAAAGAUGUAGAGUGCCUAAGGUUCAAAGACUUCUCUGUUCACUUUAGCGACAUCAUAACUUUUCAUAAGCAUGCCAUAGACGUGCAUGGUGCCACAGAAAACCCCCCAGAAAACAGGGUGUGUGAGGACUGCAAUAAGACAAUCAGGGUGGAGACUGAUCCCAACAAAAAGGGUCAUGUGUGCGAGUACAAGAUCAAACCGUUCUCUUGCCAUCUGUGUCGUAAGCGCUUCUUCACAGAGAUUGGCCAGAAAGUUCAUUACCGUAGACUGCAUGGGGACUACACACACACCUGCAAGUACUGCAUGAUGGCGUUUAACACAAAACCGUCAAAGCUCCAGCAUGAGCAGACUCACUAUGAGGACAAGCUUCCCUACCUUUGCCCAGACUGUCCAGAGAAGUUUAAAGAUUUUAUUGGACGUAAUCAACACUUGAAGUGCCACAGAGGGCAAAAUAAAUAUAUCUGCCACACAUGUGAUAGAAAUUUUGUCUCUCUACAAGGAUACGAACGUCACAUGCGCAUCCACUCCGGUGAGAAGCCCUACACCUGCCAAGUAUGUGAACGUUCCUUCAACCAGGCCGGACACCUGAAGUCCCACAUGCGUCUCCACACAGGGGAAAAGCCAUUCAUGUGUGAGCAGUGUGGGGAGUGUUUCAACCACAACGUCAGCCUGAAGAACCACCUGCUCCGGCAUCACAGUAUCGACUCCACCCAAACAGCUGUAGAAGAGAGCAAACUCAUAAAUACAUUUGCCUCCAGCAUGGGGAACAAAGAUCUACAGAAAAAAAAGCGAGUGAAGAGGAACUCUUCUAUUUCCACUUUGGAAGAGGAGGAGCCGCUGUGUGACCCAAAUUCGGACUACCAGGAGGAGAGCGAGGAAUACGAUUCUGAAGGAAAGGGAUGGAAAAGAGGACGAAAGAAGAAUGCUAGGAGGGAAAAAAUGAGCAAAAAGGCAAAGCGACACAGAAGAUAACAAAUGACCUGGAAGUAUACUGAACUAGAAAUUCACUUUUAUGGAUGUAAGGUAUUAGUAGACCACAGGAGUAUGCGUUUCUCAGCUGCAAGCAGGAAUUGCCCAAAGUACUUGCACACUAGAUAAAAGCUGGCUAAAGCUGGCUGUUUUGUUUACUUUUUGUAUUAUUUUUUUAUUAUUUAACUUAUUUAUCUAAUUCACUGUACAUUGUAGCAGGUUUGCAUCUGUGUUGUUACAAAACGUGUUACUGCAGUGCAAGUAGUGGCCUAGCGAUUCCUGAUUGUGAAAUACUUUGAUCUUGCAAUUCAGUGCCUUAAUUCCCUGCCGUUACAUUCAUGAUGCUAAUACAAUUUUAUAAGAUAAAACUAAAGUAUAUGUCUGCAUUUACAAAAUAAAGGUGCUGAAUGUAAUGAAUGAAUGUAUUGAAAUGUCUCAGGUCCAAUAUUGGGGCUUAAAAGCUACACAAAAAUAAGCGUGCACAUAUAGGAAGUGUUCAAAUUAGUAUGCAUUAUUUUAUGCUGAGUUGCCAUAUUUUUCCAUACACUUACUGUGGCUAUAACUAGGCUAGCAGCCUUUUUUCAUUCAAUUAUAUGUACUCAGAACAGAAGUUAACUAACUAAUAGUAACUUAUGGUUUAUUCACUGCACAAUUGUGUAAUAAUUUCUAGAUAACUCACUAGGAUUUCAAUGGCUAUAGCUAAGAAUUUAGCAAUUAGAUUAAAGGCGGUCACUCUGAACACAGAAGUGUCCAAACAUGUCUAACCAAUGUUUUGAUAAAGAAAAAAUAAAAUGGUUGGAAUCUAGAGAUGAGGAAGAAAGGGAUGAAAUCAUCAUCAAUUAUCAAAGGACAGGCUUUAUCUAGAUGGACAAAACUGAAGGAGAAUGCUCGAUUUAUGACUGAUGCUGAGGUUGCUCUAUAUUGGGUGGACUGGUAAAUCCUCUAGUUUCUCUAGCUAAUGUAAUGUUGCUUUGAAGUGACAUGUAGACUAUUUAAUUAGCCAACUAAAUGCUGUGAAAUGGAAAAUGGCACAGAUGUUCAGGUUUAUGUAAAGUGCAUAAGUUGCAUCUUUCUGGCUGUCAGUUGGUCCCUGGCUGAAGUGAAUAUCAGCCAUCUAGUUUGACACUGGUGCAUUAAAAAAAAAAAAAUACAAACAACCCACAAAAUAUCUAUAUUUGAAAAAAAUAUCAGAGCUGCUUUACAUAAACGUGACAUAAUGGGAGACGCAUUUGACUACCAAGAGUAAAUGUGGUUUGUCAGGAUGCAAUCCACAUACUGUUAUCACUAAACAACCAGGGGCAUUCCAGAAAGUGGGUUUAGCAACUAACCCGGAUCUGUUGGAGCUUGGAGUUCAGGGAAACAGGUUUUCUGUUCCAAAACCCGGGUUCAGAAUAAGUGUAGAUUAGUUGUUAUGGCAACAUAUGCUGUGAAACUAACCUAGCAGGUGUACUAGACAAAAAAUUAAUUGUCAGCACAUCGAACAUGCAGCAAAAAGAUUCCUAAAACUGUUCCUAGAUGAUUAAAAUCAAAAGUCACCAUCAAAUUUCACGAUAGACUAGGAUCGUGGAUUUGCCCUCAUUGUAAUUUGUUAAUGUGUCUCCAUUAGAAACCAACUCCGUUUUACAACAGGAAACAUCCUUUCAUUUUAAAAUAUGGCAGCUUCCAAAAGUGUUAUGUACAGGAAAGCUUCUUCCCUUGAAGACUUGGUGGUUACCUCAGAAAUUUCCAGAAUUACAGUGGGCUUGAGAAGAAAUGGCUGUGCUCAUUAAAUACAAAUGAUUUAGCUAGUUCGUGCAUUCAAAUAUAGCGUAUUUAAUGUAAUUAACCAUCAUGCAUAUGUGUAACUUCUGUGUUAUGUCCCACUCGAUGCACACAAGGUUAUGAAUGAAAGGUCUUUCCUUUUAUUUUCCACACUGCAACAAGUUCAGCUACCACAUUUAAUUCCACUGAAUGGUCAGCUAGUCAGCUUACAUAAUAACAAUGUAAUAAAAUAUAUAAAUAAAAGGAAGCUGUGCUCCUACAGUAAGUCAUUUGAUUAUAAAUAAUAAUCUCAUAAUCUUAUCUACAUAUUCUUAUACAUGUACAUAGUUGCUUUGACUCAUAUACUCAAAUCCCACACCAUACAUAGAAAACGUCCACUGUUGUGCCGCCAGUGUCCCAAGCGCACUACAGUUCCCAACAUGUCCGUCACCCAGUUCACAACCCAGCCAAUCACAGACAGUUCAUCAGAUCAUCAUCACCGGAUUACUGACAUCACCUGUUUCCUUAUUCUGUUUUGUCUACUGUGUAUCGGAUCUGGUUUUUGUGUUUCUUCUGAUUUAUGCCUGCCCC